AUGGCAACACUCAGUGCGAUCCAGAGGGUCGUGGAGGCAUAUCUCAUCAGCGUCGCACCAAGCACGCCUGCUUUUGGCUUCUUGACCCUGGUGCCGUGGAGCUCGCAGGAGAAGCCGGCCAACGUGUUGUCAUCUGAGGCAGGUUGUGGAGAGUUGAGGUUGGAAGGCAUCGCCCAGAUAGUGGAGCAGCACGAGGUCGUGUUGAUCGUAUCCGUAUACAAGACGAAGAAGGAGAAAAGACGCGUGGUAUGUCUUUUGGACUAUCUCGGGGCGGCGCAUCCCGACGCGGUUGUCUUCCUGGUGCAGCUUCCAGAUCGGUUGGACACCGAGCUGACCAAGGCCUACCACAGUGAAUUGCUGGUACGGCAUGACGAGCUCUACAGCCUUGGGGCGGAUGGCGUGCUGAUGGAGCUGGCAGGUAACCCUGGAAGGCUGCAGCAUAGGGUAAGUUUGGAGCUCCAAGAGAACGCCGCCAUCCAGCUGCGCGUACGGGCACAUACCAGCACUUUGAACCAGGGAGUGCCUUCUGGCAUGCAGCUCCAAGACAUUGAGGACAAGUUCAGCAGUUUGCUUUGGAAUGCCAUCCCAGAUAUGCUGAUGCCCGAUUUCGCGCCUCUGAACGAGCGUCUCCUGGAAUGUGGGAAUCGGGUCGGGGAAUUCCAGCUCGUGCGCCCGUAUCCGGAUCACCAGCACGUGUCGUUGGCUGUGAAUGGGCAGCAUGAAAAUGUAGUGAUCAAAGUGUACGACAAGCGCAGCAUCACCGAUGCCAAUCGGGUGGAGAGCAUAUACCAGGAAUUCUGCUUCUUGACGCACACCCUCGACCACCCACACAUCAUCCAUUGCGUAGGCAUGUUGCAUAGUCAGUGUAGUGUGCAUUUGGUUCUCCAGUAUGGUGGAGAUGUGUGUAUGGAGCAGGUGUUGUCGACUCAACCUGGGUACCGCUUGUCCAGAGACGACGCCUUGGAUUGCAGAACCCAGAUCGCCAGUGCUCUGUCCUACUGCCACGCCCAGGACGUCGUCCAUGGGCAAGUGUCUUUGAAUCACGUGGCUGUAGAGACAGCACUGAAUCGGCACAUCUGCCGCCUUGUGGAUUUCAGCAUGGCAGCCCACGUUCCAUUUUCCAUCACAAGGGAGACCCUGUGCGGAUCUCUGCCGUGCGUUGCUCCAGAGGCGGCGUUGAACGAGCCGUACUUGCCUAAACCAGCUGAUUGUUGGAGUUUUGGGGUGCUGCUCCUGGAGACCGCUUGCGGGCAGGGUUCCCUCAAGUUGUCGGUCCAGUGGCGCCGUGGCGAGUCCCUCGCAUACGCCGCGUGGCAAGUACUCCAGUUUUUCUCCCACGCUGGUUGCCACACCGAGGCGAUGACGAAGAUGGGUAACUCACUCGACGGCGUAACACUAGCGUGCCUGGAGGCGGUUUUGCAGCCCGAGCCGGCUCGCAGAACGAGUGCCUCCGACAUGGUAGGGAUGUUAUCUACCAGGCGCAACGAGCAGGCCAGUUUGGAGUGA